AUGGCAACUCCGCGGGGCCUACUCUUCCUGCUGGGCGCAACAUUAUUGUUCGCGACGCAUGGGUUAAGACCUGUCGAGUCAUUCACGUUGCACUUUCCGGUGUUCAGGAGAACCUCGCUGUUGAGCGGGGCCACGAGAGUAUCACGUCGUCCAUUUCCAUCUGCACCGGCGUCGCGUUGCCGAUGUUUUGCUAAUGCCGAGUCUACCCAAACCGGCACGAUUGGCGGAAGGGAGCAGAAACAGGGAGAUCCUGCGGGGAAAGGGUCGUUGUCCACGCCGACGACGCCAUCAUUUUCGAAAGCACAAGAUGAAGCUGGGUCCAAGGAUGCCGAGCGGAAAGCCGCCGGCCCGGAGCCGUCCUGGGUGCAAGACCCCGGGGAGAGCAGAGUCAAGAUGUGGAUGCGAUCGGCGGCGAGCAAGGGUGACCACAACCGCGUGGCCAUGUACUUGCGCAAGUACCGCGAGGCGAAGGUGCUGAAGGGGGAGUUGCCACGCAUCGCCCUCUACAACACCGCCCUGCGCGCGUUGGAUCGUUGCAAGAAGUGGAGACUCGCCCUGAGCGUGUUCCGAGAGAUGCAGUCGGACGGGGUGGAUCCCGACCGCGACUCGUACUUUUUCGUGAUGAGCGCCUGCUCGAAGCGAGGCGAGGCCAAGACCGCGCUAGCUCUCCUCGCAGAAAUGAAAGCGAGGCGGCGGCAGCAGCAGCAGCAGCAGCAGCAGCAGCGGGCUGGGGGGGGGCCGGGGGGCUACGGCGAAGUAGAAGACGAGGACGGGGCACCCGCGCCAGACCUGCUUCUCUACGCCGUCGUGAUGAAGGCCUGCGCCUGGGGAAAGCGCUGGCAGCAAGCGAUCCGUCUGCUGGACGACAUGUCCGCCGCCGGCGUCGCGCCGAACGUGGUGGUGGUGAACACGGCUCUGUCGGCAUGCGCCAAGUGCGGCCAGGUUUCUCGUGCCACGCAGCUCCUCCAAGAGAUGCAGGAAAAGUACGGGGUCGCCCCGGAGGUGAGGAGCUACAACUCCGUCAUCAGCGGCCACGAGCGGGCGGGGGAGUGGCGCGAGGCCCUGGCCCUGGCGAAGAGGAUGGAGCAGGCGGACGGCGUCUUGCCCAACGUGGUGACGUUCAACUCCGUCAUCGGCGCGUGCAAGACGGCCGGGCGGCCGGAGGAGGCCCUGGCCGUGCUGGGCAUGCUGCGGCGGAAGGGCCUGCAGCCCGACGUGAUCAGCUUCAACAGCGCAAUCGGCGCCUGCGCCAGCGGAGGAAAGUGGGAGGUUGCUCUCCAGCUGCUGGAGCUGAUGCCCUCGGAGGGCGUGACGCCAGACCUCAUGACGUACAACAUCGCGCUGGACGCGUGUGUCAAGGGCGGUCAGUGGGAGAUGGCCAUGUCCCUCUUCGACGAGCUCGUGGCGAGUGGCGACGAGUCCCUUCGCCCGGACCUGUACACGUACAACACCCUCAUGACGGUUUUCAGCGACGCCGGGAUGCUGCCGCGCGCGCUGGAGCUUCUCGAAGAGGCCAAGGCCAAGCGUCUGCGCCCUGAUGUCGUCACGUACAGCACCCUCAUACGAGCGUGCGAACGGUCGAUGCCUUCCCAGCCCGAUGUUGCCCUCAAGCUCGUCUCGGACAUGGAGGCCGAGGGGGUACGCCCCAACAACACCACCUACGUCGGCGUCGCCAUCAGCCUCGGCCGCUCGGCCCGCCCCCUGGAGUGCCUGGACCUGCUGAGAUCCAUGCACGGGAAGGGCACCCCGCCGGACGCCAUCUGCUACCUGGCGGUCCUCAAGGUUCUCGACCGCUGGGACCUGGCGGAGGAGGCUUCGCUGCUCUUCGAGGAGAUGGUGGAGACCAUUGAGCAGAUCGCUCUCAUGCCCGCGAUCGCCGAGGAGACUUACUGCUGCGGCAUCCGCGCCUUAGAGAGGCUGGGGAAGUGGUCGGAAGCGGUGGCCCUCCUCGACCAGUGGAGACAAAAAGGCUCGUACGAUGCAGACAACGAUAGGAUGUACGACCAGUGGUACAGGGCGCUCCGUCUACUGUCGACCGGCGGGCUGCCAGAGGAGACGGACGUCAAGACCUCCAGGGCGGCGAUAGUUUCAGCCGCCCGAGGAGGGCUGGUGGAAGACGCCUUGGCGAUAAUGCGGAGCAUGGAGAGCAGGGGGUUCGAGCUGGGUGUGGUGGAGUACGGUGCGGCCAUCGAGGCGUUCGAGAAGGCCGGGAAGCCAGAGAGGGGACUAGAGAUGUUCGACGAAAUGAUCGCGGCGGGGGUUGAACCGGACGUGCUGUGCUACGCGGCCGCCACCCGCUGCUGCUGCCGUCGGUUGGACUGGGCGGGGGCGAUAUCGUUCGUGGAGACAACGCUGCGGGAGGGCCUGCUCCCCACGGGGAAGACCUUUGAGACGGUUGCCGGGCUGUGCAGGAACUCGGGCAGGUACGAGGAGCUGUGGGACCUCAAGGAGCUGAUGCGGGACAUCGUGGUGGACGGAGGCGGGCUGGCGCGCCCGGGAUCCUCCAUCUACGUUAGCCUCAUCCGGGCUUGCGGUGCCGCGCGGCGGCCUGAUCUAGUCCUACGUUGCCUGGCAGAGAUGAACACCGACCAAGCUCCCGGCAAGAGCCCCGGAACCCUGGCGCUGGAGGAGCCGUACAUGGUGUCGGCGGCGAUCGGCGCCCUCUCGGCGUGCGGCGAGACCUCGGAGGCCGACCGAAUCUACGCGGACGCCAUCCGCCGGCGGAUCCUCCCGGACCCCGCCGCCGGUCAGACUUGGGCCGCCGCCGCCGCGGCCGCCGCUGCUGCCGCCGCCGCCACCGCUUACGCGUCAUCGGGGGCGGGCGCUGGCGCGCCCGGCCGGCGACGAGUGCCCGGUGCGGUUGGCGCCGCCAUCGGCCUUGGCGGGGGCGAGGAGGUUACCGAAGCGGCAACCCGUCAGCAGCGGGGGGUGCGGCGGCGGCAGGACGGGACCGGGUACCGAGAUGGCCACGGCAGAGGGGGUUCCGAUGAUGAUGAUUCUGGAGACGGCAGGGAUGUGCCUGUUUCUCCCGCCUCGCGAAGAAACGGCGACGGCAGCAGUAGUUUGGGCGAGCGGGAUAGGGGUACGCCGGAAACGGAAACAACGGCGGCUGAAGCGGGGGUGGUGUGGGGGACAGUCGCACCGCCGCUCUGGGUGGACCUGAGAAAAGCGCCGGUGGCGGUGAUCCCCUCCGCCGUGCGGAGGGUCGUGAAGGCGGUCGAAGCCGUGGGCGGGGUCACCGACGGCCUCGUCGUGCAGUGGGCGGGAGCGCGAGGGGCGAGUGAGGCGGAGGAGGAGGAGGGUAGAGCGGCCAGGGGCGGGGGCGGGGCGGGCGGGGCGGGGAGGGCCACGAAGACCAGGGGGAAGCCGGCGAACGCGGGGCGCCGAGGGGCAGUGUUGGAGGCGUUCGCGAGCGUCGAGCCGGCGUUGGGAGUGACGGAGCCGUCCAACAGUCGAGGGCAGGUUCGCGUGGAGAGGCGAGAGCUGCAGCGUUGGUUGCAGGAGGUCGGAACCAAACGAUGAUCCAGUCCUUCUCGAUUAGGAGGAAAGAGUUAUCUUCGCUUCCCGCUUGACGGGAACUAAGUCCUGACACUUACCACCGCGCUUGAAGUCUGUUUACCCAUACGGAGUCGUCCUAUACAGGAAAACGCCGUUGCCACUCGAAAAAAUUGGAUGAUAAAACGCGCCGCGGCCCGGGGUUGCCGUGUCGUGUUCCGUCAAAUGUUUCUGAUGGCUUUUCGAUUCCCUCUUGUUUUUGGAUUGUUAUUUCUGGGCUGGUGCACACGUUGCCAGCCGUCGAUCGUGGUUGGUUUUGGAGUAUGAUACCCGAAGUUUGGUUCGUUUAUAUUGGGCCUUCGAUGGUGUGCGAUGCAUUGAUUUCGUUGUCGCCACGACAUGUUGACAAUAGAAGCUUCAUUUGUCGCGUGUCGACAGGAUGAACAACAUUUUCUGUCGAGCCAGAUCCAGACUGCCAGUCGGUGUGGUCAGAGAUCAGGAGGGACGCGGGAGGCGGUUGUACAAUUCUUGGCGCUAAGAAACUUGAUAGGGUUUCCUGUUUUGAGUGUUGGACUUGGGAGUCCGGCGGCGCGCGACGGCGGCGGCUUUUGUGUUUGGUUUGUUAUCUUUCCUCUCCUCAUCCUGAAAUUCCGCAGCAACAGGGAAACAGAC